GGGGCGGGCGGAGCGCGGCCGGUGGCGGCGCGGAGAAGAGCGGCGGGAGGAUGCUGAAGAGCUGCGGGAGGAAACUGCUCCUGUCCCUCGUGGGCUCCAUGUUCACCUGCCUCCUGGUGCUCAUGGUGGAGCCGCCGGGGAGGCCGGGGCUGGCCCGGGGGGAGGCCGGCGGGGCGCAGCGGGCGCUGCAGAGCCUGGGGGCGGCGGCGGCGGUGGCCCCCCCGGCGGGGCAGGGUCCCCCCGGUCUCCGCAGCUUCGCCGAUUACUUCGGGCGGCUGAGCCGAGCCCGGCGGGAGCUGCCCGCCGCCCCGCCGAGCCCCCCGCGGCCGCCGGCCGAGGACAUCUCCCCCCGCGAUGUCUUCAUCGCCGUCAAGACCACCAAGAAGUUUCACAAGGCGCGGCUGGAGCUGCUGCUCGACACCUGGAUCUCCCGCAACCGCGAAAUGACCUUCAUCUUCACGGAUGGGGAGGAUGAGGAGCUGAAGAAGCAAGCACGAAAUGUCAUCAACACCAACUGCUCGGCCGCCCACAGCCGCCAGGCCCUGUCCUGCAAGAUGGCUGUGGAGUAUGACAAGUUCAUCGAGUCCGGCAGAAAGUGGUUCUGCCACGUGGAUGAUGACAACUACGUGAACGUGCGGACGCUGGUGAAGCUGCUCUCCAGCUACCCCCACACGCAGGACAUCUACAUCGGGAAGCCCAGCCUGGACCGGCCCAUCCAGGCUACAGAGAGAAUCAGCGAGAACAAGAUGCACCCUGUGCAUUUCUGGUUUGCCACGGGCGGAGCGGGGUUUUGUAUCAGCCGGGGGCUGGCGCUGAAGAUGAGCCCGUGGGCCAGCGGGGGCCACUUCAUGAGCACAGCGGAGAAGAUCCGCCUGCCCGACGACUGCACCAUCGGCUACAUCAUUGAGUCCGUGCUGGGGGUGAAGCUCAUCCGGAGCAACCUCUUCCACUCGCACCUGGAGAACCUCCACCAGGUGCCCAAGACAGAGAUCCACAAGCAGGUGACGCUAAGCUAUGGCAUGUUUGAAAACAAGCGCAACUCCAUCCACAUGAAGGGAGCCUUCUCCGUCGAGGAGGACCCAUCCAGGUUUCGCUCCGUGCACUGCCUGCUGUACCCCGACACGCCAUGGUGCCCCACCAAUGUGGUUUACUAGGAGAUGCGUGUCCCCUCCAACCUCGUCCCGAAUUUCCCCGGUAUCCGACGGGCUUGUGGGACCUGCGUGCGGGUGUGUCGGUCCGGCCUUGCCGCGAGGCGAACAGACGGACGGACGUCAUUGCUGUGGUAUUGCACAGUGUGUGUGUACUGAAGGCUGCUGUGCGGCCCCUUGUCCCCUGCCCUGCCUGCCCGGCUGCCCGUGCCCGCUGCCCGCUCCCUACAGGACGGCGGGGAAGGACGGGUCCUGAGCACUUAACUGUUGGGCACCCCCGUGGCACUGGCGGGCCCCACGCCAUGCGUGGGGAGCGACCGCAGGCGCUGCAUGGUUCUGCCUCCCCCAGGCUUGCUUCUCCAUUUUUUUUUUUUCCUUUCCUUUCAGAUGUUAAGUUUUUUUGGUGUGUUCCUUCCCCAACCCACUCCCAUAUCCCCUCACCUGCCCCAUCCUCUCUCCCAGCCCCAAAAUCUCAGCAGCAAAUCUCCGGCUCCUGAUUCAGAUGAAGGGUCACCGGCGAGUUUUGCUCCCCGGCUCGGUGGGCAGGCAGAGGGCAGGCAGGGGAAGCCUCCCAGCCAUGGCGAACGCUGCUCCGGGGUGCCGCAAAGCUGCUGGGUGCUCAACGGCCGCACUGGAGGGAGACGGUGGGGUGGGCUGCGAGCCGGUGUUGGCGUUAGCUCCGUUUCCUGGAGCUCCCCCCAUCUGGCUGGACUGUUGCCGGCAGCAUCGAUCUAUGCACUAUUUAUAGAGACUAAUGUAAAGACUUUCUAUAAAUAUGGGGGGUGGGAGGAGGGCUUUUCCAGAGCCGCCGGUGCAGCGUGGGCGCUGUGUUUGUACAGAGUCUCCCUUCAGUGCCCCCUCCCUGCCUGCUCGCGGGCCGGCUGCAGGCAGCGGGUGCAGGCAGGCUGAGCACGGGCAGCCCGCGCCUUUGCAAAGGAGCACUUCAAGGUUCAGCCGGGGGCUGCGUGGGUGUCCCCCCCCCUCCGCCGUGGGCCCAGAGCAUCCUCCAGCCCUGGCCUGGCUGCGGGUGCUGCUGGGCUGGCCAGAGCACCCACCGUGGGCAGGGGAUGUUUCCCAGCCCGGCCAUUGCUGUCUCCCUGCUGGGACCCAGGGAGGGAUUUAGCUGGGGAGGGAGGGGGAUUCUGUAUCCCCCCCCUCCCCAGCCGCCCUGCCUGCCCACCAGCCCCGCACCCCUGGGGUAAGCGGGCUGAGCUGGAGCUGAACAUUUCCAACCUGAAGCUGAGUGAAAAUAGCCCAUAAUGGGUGCGUUGUAAAUAUGUUAUUACGCCAGUAUUUUUUUUACUGUGCCUUUUUUUAAAAAAAAAAAAAAAACCAACCUUGAGAAUUAUGUAGAUUUUAAAAUGCUUUUUAUACGUUUUCUGUGGAUCAGAAAAAAAAAAAUCCCCAACCUUCUGAUAAUCUGUUUAAGAAAGAAAAAAAAUUGCAAUGUCUUGUACCUAUCACUUACCUUAAUUUAUAUGUUCCAGUAUCUGGAACAUCACUCUGUGCUUUUUGUAACUAGGAUGUGUUUAAAGCAAUAGAUGUGGGAUGGGGAACCAGCAUGGACAGCACGUUCUCAGGGACUUGAACCCAGUCGCUGCCACGGGGUCUCCGUGGGAGUCCUCACCAAUAAAACAGCUUUUUUGCUGACCACAGUC